AUGCUAAUUCAUGUUGAGGCUGAAAAGUUUGACGACAGAGAAACGAACGUUGAUGCUGCCAUAAAUGAUGCCAAAGCUCUGUACGAAGCAGGAGAGAAGCGGCUUGGAACCAACGAAUCCGUUUUCAACAAAAUCUUCGGCACCAGAACGCACGAGCAGUUGCAGGUCGUGUUCCAAGAGUACGAGAAGUUAGCAGGCCAUGGGAUUGAGUUCGCUGUCCAGAAGGAAUUCAAAGGUCCAAUGCAGAAUGCCCUUCUCGUGAUGAUUUAUUUUGAUGCAUGUGUGAACGCUGUUUUAGUAAAGAUUGUUCGAAAUCCGAUAGCCUAUUUUGCUAAGCAGCUUUACAGUGCGAUGAAGGGACCUGGCACUAACGAUCCUGUGCUGAUCCGAAUCAUUGUCAGUCGUUCUGAACGAGAUUUGCUGCAGAUCAAGGAAGAAUUUUUCAACCUGUACGGCAAAUCUCUCAGAAGUUAUGUGAUUGUAAGUAAAUUUAUGAUUUCUCGUAAGUGACG